AGCAGCUUUUCCUGGACUGGAAACGACUGAAGCCGGGAAGCCCAUGCUUUACCUGGUAGUGCCAGAUCCGCACCAGGCAAGUACCUCAGGUUACAGCACGGAAAUCCAGCCAGAGCUCAGGAGAUUCAUCUAAGCUGAGCCUGCAGGGGCAGGAGAACCAGUCCAAGAUACGCCGCAGAAAAAAGAGAGAAUGGGUCAUCCCUACCACUAAAGUAGUCGAGAACACGUCAUAUGAUCACAAAGAAUAUGUUGCUAAGAUCAGGUCUGAUCGAGAUACGGAGCGACCAGGAGGAGUGAAGUACUCCCUGUCUGGACCAGGAGCUGAUGAGCCGCCUUAUAACAUCUUCGUGGUAAACCAGGAGACGGGGUUUGUCCAAAUGAUUGGGAAGGUGGACAGAGAAACACACCCCCAUUUCAAUCUCACGGGUAACGCAGUGUUCAUGGACGGCAGCCCCGCAGAAAUGGGCAUCCCACUCUCUAUCACAGUGGUCGACCAAAACGACAAUCCACCGGUGUUUGAGCUGCACAAGGGCAAAGUCUAUGAAUCAAGCAAGGAAGGUACCUUCGUGAUGCAGGUCAAAGCAAACGACGCUGAUCAAGAGGGAACCAUAAACUCGGAGAUCGCCUACACCAUUAUCAAUCAGGAGCCUGCUGGCUCUGGUCACAUGUUCACAAUUGAUAGAAGUACUGGAAAACUGUUUGUGAAGGAGCCAACGCUGGACCGAGAGACGGACGACUUCUAUCGACUAACUAUACUGGGAAGAGACUUAGCAGGUGCACCCAACGGCCUCACAGGGACUGGAACAGUUGAGGUAGCGAUUAUGGACAUCAAUGACAACAUUCCUACUUUGGAAAAAUCAGAGUAUAGCGGUUCUGUGGACGAAAAUGUUGCCGAUGUGGUUGUGAUGAGAAUUAAAUCUCUGGACCCCGACCUGGAGAAAUCAGACAACUGGCUUACUGUUUUUGAAAUUGCAAAAGGGAAUGAGGACAACCUUUUCGCAAUUGAAACAGACAAUAAAACCAAUGAAGGCAUUCUGAAGCUGAUCAAGCCAGUGGACUUUGAAGAACUUCAGAAUCUGGAGCUGGGCCUGAAGAUUAGAAAUGUAGCACCUUUUGUCCAAGGUGGUGAAAUUUCACUAGACGUGGGUGUUCAGGUGGGAGAGGGCGGCGCUUUAGCACCCGGUGCUGGUGUAGGUGUUGGCGCUGGUGCCGGGGCUGGCGCCGGCGCCGGGGCUGGUGCUGGUGCCGGUGCUGGGGCCGGUGCCGAAGUUGGUGUAGGAGUUGGUGCCGGAGCUGGAGUGGAUGCAGACGUAGGCGUCGAUGCUGGAGUGGACGUCGGAGCGGACGGUGGACUAAAUGCCGGAGUAAAUGCUGGCGUGAACCCGAGUGGGGAGGCUGGAUUAAAACCUGACGGCGGAACCACCACGGAGGAGAAAAGCUAUCCCAUCCUGAUAGCUGUCAAUAAUUUGCCAGAGCCUCCUGCUUUUAUACCCAACAUCAAGGAGCUUGAUGUUUCAGAGGACUCAGACGAAGCCCCUAUAGGUGAAGUGAUCACAGUAUUUGCGGCUGUCGAUCCAGAUACUGGAGAACCUGCUGAAGAUGUCAGUUAUGCAAAGGCAUAUGACCCUGACAACUGGUUUACUAUCGACGAGGAUACAGCGGAAAUCAAACUCAACAAAGCACCAGACAGAGAAUCUCCAUUUUUGGUGAAUGGAACUUAUCUUGCAAAGAUUCUGGCGAUAAGCAAAGACACGCCAGGGCAAACAGCAACAGGAACCAUAGCCAUCCAAGUGACCGACUCCAACGACCACUGUCCCACACUGGUGGCCAGCCACAGUACGAUGUGCUCUGAUGAGAAAACCGUCUACGUGACUGGUUUUGACAAGGAUUCCUACCCGAACGCUGAUCCUUUCACUUUUAAGAUAGUGUCUGAGAAAAGCGUACCCUGGGACAUAGAAAACAUUAACGCGACAACUGCAAUUCUUCGUUCUCAUAAACUCCUAUGGCCAGGAAUAUAUGAUUUGCAAUUGGAGGUCAUGGACAACAAACAUCUUUCCUGCGCAGACAAAGAGACAUUUACAGUGGAGGUUUGUAGCUGUGAGGAAAGCAGGGUGUGUAGUCCUCGUACAUCAAAAUCUGGAACAGGAACAUCAUCCGAGCUUGCUGCCCCAGCCAUUGGACUCCUGCUGAUGCCACUGUGCUUACUACUCUUGAUCCCUCUGCUGCUGCUAUUCUGCCAGUGUGGAGGAGCAAACACCAUCUUCCCAGAUCAAUUCAGCGAUUUGCCGUUUGACACAAAACAGCACCUAAUAUCUUACCACACCGAAGGACCUGGUGACGAUAAGGAUAUACCGAUCCUUUUGGGAGCUGGAGGCAGCAAGAAAGUAGAGGCAUCAGAGGCAUCGAACUAUCAAAUGGGUCCCGCAAAGUCAUCUGUCCAUCUGCAAGGCACGUCAGUGCAUAACGCAUUCAGCAUGGAGGCCUUCCAUGAAACAAGUGAAAACUUUAUGGAGAUGGAAAACAGACACCGCUUUUCCAGAGGAUUCGCCAACCAAUCUGCAGUUUACUCUGCAAACAGUGCGCUGCUUGGAGGCUACAACAAAACAUCUCUUUAUGAAAAUGUCGCACUACCUGAUGCUUUCCUGGAAGAUUACUACUCCCAGAAAGCGAUGUGCGCCAUGCCCACCAAGGACAGUCUGCUAUUGUACUGCAACGAGGACCAAGUCUCUCUUGCGGAGUCAGUAGGUUGCUGUAGCCUAUUGGAGUCAAACGAUGACUUGCAGUUUCUCAAUAAUUUGGGGCCGAAGUUCAAAACCCUGGCAGAGAUCUGUUCACCGCCAGUACCAUCACCAAAACCUACCAUUAAAUUAGGGGCUAAAGCCAAGGCUGUUGUUGAAGAGGUUAAACCAGUCAUCAGUCAUGUUGUUGAGCCAAAGGCAUCUCACGUCAAACUGGAGACUAGCUCAGUUUCAAAGAACGUCACCAGCAAAUCGGUCACCUCUGAGAGCCAUAUUGCUAAAACCAGCAGCAAUGGGUCAAACAUCAAGUACAUGUCGAGCAACUCUGUCGCUAACUCGGUCACACUACCUCGUGCUGCACAGAGUGUGGUGCUGCAGCAGCAGCCGCUUUACUACACCACCAACGCCGUGAUGCAGCCAAUGCACUUUGUUGUCCAGCCACAGAGCGCACUGGUGCUGGCAGACACCACCCAUGCAGCCAGUCUCCCAGGGUUGUACAUGAUCAGCGGAAACCAAAGUGUUUCCUCUGGGCUGGUAGUAAAUGGCGGUCAAAGUCCUCCAGCUGGGAUUGUACCACAGGGUUCCCCUACCCAGGUAAUAAUCCAAGGCAUUGAAAAUUACAAAGGCACAAAUCCAGCUAACCCCAUCGUCCCAACAAUCAGCCCUACGAUCAUCGCAUCAGGUGGGCUGGUUCCCCCUAUCAGCACCACCGCCACAGAGGUCAGGACGUUGGAAAGACCAGCACCUGCUGGCAAAUAUGUGCUCGUAAAAGAGAAAAGCAGAGUGGUGAGAGUAGACCCGGGUUCACCUUCAGGCCAUGUGCCCAAAAGGGAUCCCCAAGUUAAAAAGGCUGUCUCCCCUCAGCGGGUGUUAGGCCAAGCAGCCAAGACUCGUGUGCGCGGCACUCUGCCGGCACAAAAUACUCACAACAAGAAUAAUGCAGCUAAUACACAGUCAAAGCAGACGUUUGCAGAACAGCAGCCACACACAGCACCUGGUCUUCUCUUGGAUACUGGCGAGGAGCAUUCAGUGAUAAGCGUGGCACAUAUGACCGCGACUGGCCCACAACAGAGCCUGACUGAUAUUCUGCCAAAUACAGUCACUCUGGUCAGCUCUAGUAGGCUUCAACCAAAUGUGACUUCUGACCAAACCAACAACACCGGCAAGGAUUUUCAAUCCGCUGAAACCAGUUAUUCGUCAGAGGCAGGUCUGACAGUGGACACCACCGUGAGCAAGACAGAAUUUAGUCCGGCACUUUCUUCCAGUGAUGAUGAUGCCGGUGUAAGCAAUUCAGAAAACGAAAGACGUGAGAAAGAAGAAUUCGAUAAAACACUAGUCCAAGGUAAAGGCCUCACAGGUUUAGAAUCAAGAAAACAACCCAAUUCUGUCACAUGCGAUGCUCAACCACCGGCAGAUACACUGUCAACAGAUAGCGAUGUAUCCUCGUUUCCUCACCAGGAUGAAAUAAUGCUGCCCUCAGAGAGAUUUCAUUUGGAGGGAAAAGAGGCUGAAGACAUCCAGACAGCAGAGCAAUGUGCCGACACAGAUUCAGGCGCAUGCAUUCAACCUGAGUUGUCAUUGUCUGAAACAACGGCAGCCCAAAUUAAGAAGGACAAGGAUGGACUAGAGAUUGGUGGUAGUGAUCCCCCAAAUGAGAUCAUUACAAAUACACUUCCAGGUGCUGAAGUAGAAGCUACUGCAGACAAACAUCCACUCCAAAAUACAACAGCCAACCAACAUGAUGCAACCACGACCAGACUUGACACCGACCACUGUGACACCGAUUCCCUGCACCUUAGCCUUGACAGUGGCUGUAAAGAAAUUGUGUCCGAGCAGAGUUCUACCCCAAAUGAAAGGCAGGAUGAAGACGAUGAAUGCCAGGCUAAAACACACACACCAGAUGCUACCUUGGACAAAGAGGGGAACGACAAUAUUGCCUUGCCUGAAAAGGAUGCCACAAAAACUGAAGCACCCAAAAUGUUGAAAACGGCAGAAGACGGCCAACUGCAAAAACUCAAAGAGCUCAGUGUUGCGAUCGAUACUUUACAUCCAGAAUUAGUCACUGAAAAACUUGAACAUCUGGCAAAAACAACGAACAAUGCCAGUGUUUUUGUAGAGGAGCAGCUUAAGGAAACCAGUGGCGUUUUAGAGAACGCAUCAUCAGAUGAAUCAGGUGACGGGAUAGGAGACGUAGCUUUACAAUCAGAUAAGCUUCAAGACUUUGGUGUUGAUAGCAUUGCUGAUUCAGAGUGCACAGCUAAUGUUGGCUCAUCUGGGGAAGCGCUGUCCAGUGGAGGGGAAGUUGGUCAAAGACAAGGCAAAGCCAUCCCUGAAAGGUCUGAUGAGACUGCCUUUGAAGUGGAGUGUCUAUCAUGUGAACACACUCGUGAAGAGAGUAAGAGUGACACAGAUGAGAUCACUGACAAUGAUUUAAACUAUGACAUUCCGAGUACCAAUGUUGCUCAUCAACAAAGCACAACUGAAACGUUUGGCUCAGAAGGUUUGUCCACGACCGAACACACACCCAAGAUAGAUGACAAAGGAAUCACAGAUUUCAAGAGUGAAGCAGAUCAAGACCAAAACAGCACAGUUCCGAGAGAAACUACUGACACCAUCACUCCAAGUGAGGAGCAUCUGACGUUAGGAGAAAACAGCAUUGAAGAUGAUGAUGAUGAUGAUGAUGAUGAUCAGCAGGUUGCGUCAUCAAGUUCAAGUUCAGAUCAUGAUAGAUGUGAAGAUCAAUACACGGAUGGAAGACUUGCUGCAGAUAAACCUCUCUCAGCAGACAGCCAGGACGCGAACAUGAGCGACGAUGAAAAGCAUGGUGAGCAUUUUGGGGAAUACGUCGCUUUAUUGGGGAUGCAAACAUCAGAAGUCAACAUAUCUGAGGGAGACAAGGGUGUUAAGGAGGGUCAGGAAAUGACAGUCACGGAGGAGGUUGCCUCAGAGUCAGAAGCCAUUCCAGAUCAAUGUGGAUUAAUGGGAAGGAACACUCCAGAUGAAAACAUCUCAGAGGAAGACCUGGUUUUAUCAAAUGAAGAUUUAGAUUCACAAUGUACAAUUCAGCCUGAAGAGCCUGAAGCAGAUCAAUCCAAAUUACUGGGAAUGCCCAUUCCAGAUGCGAACAUCUCUGAGAAUGACCAGGGCGUUGUGGACCCGAUUUUCCCUAUAGCAACUAAAAUUAUCUCAACGGCUCAGAUGACAACUGUCACUGACGCAACUCAAGAGCCAGUAGCAUUGCAAGAUCAGUCUGGAUUAUUGGGCGUGCACGACCCAGAAGUAAACAUCUCUGAGGAGGACAACAGUGUUGAGGGGGCUCAGGAGAUGAUUGUCAUUGAGGAGGUUGCCGAAGAGCCACAAACAAUUGCAGAUCAACCAGAAUGUUCUGAGGUAUCUGAGAUAAACAAGGACGUCAAAGUUGUGGACCUGGUUUUAUUCAAUGAAAAUUUAGAUUCACAAUAUACUAUUCCGCCGGAUAACCAGACUAUCUCUGGGACACAGGAGACGAAUGUCAUUGACGUGAUUCCCCAAGAGCCAGUAGCACUCCAAGAACUGUCUGGAUUAUUGGGCAUGCACAUUCCAGAGGCAAAUAUUUCGGGGGAAAACAAGGGUGUUGAGGAGGCUAAGGAGAGGACAGUCAUUGAGGAGGUCGCCCAAGAGCCAGAAGCCAUUCCAGAUCAAUGUGGAUUAUUGGGAAGGAACACUCCAGAUGACAGCAUCUCAGAAGAAGACCAGGUUUUAUCAAAUGAAGACUUUGAUUCACAAUGCACAAUUCAGCCUGAAGAGCCUGAAGCAGAUCAAUCCAAAUUACUGGGAAUGCCCAUUCCAGAUGUGAACAUCUCUGAGAAUGAACAGGGCGUUGGGGUCGUCGACCUGAGUUUACCCAUUGAAAGCUUAGUCUCACAAUCCACAUUUGAGUCUGACAAUGAGAGCAUCUCAAUGGUCAAUGAAGCAGCUCAAGAGCCAGUAGCACUGCAUGAUAAAUCUGGAUUACUGGGCCUGCACAAUCCAGAAGUAUACAUCUCUGAGGAGGACAACAGUGUUGAGGAGCCUGGGGAGAUUGGAGUUGUCGAAAAGCCAGAUCAAUCAGAAUUUUUGGGUAUUAUGGUCGCAGAAGUUAACAGCUCUGAAGAGGACACGGGUGUUGAGGAUGAGGCUCAGGCGAUACAUGAAAGGUUAGAAAUACAAUGCACAAGCGAGCAUGACAACCAGACCGUCUCACAGACUCAGGAGACAAAAACUGACAAAGCUCCCCAAGAGCUCAACGCCGUUCAUAAAGAGUCUGAAUUACUGGGUAAGUCUCCUGAAAAAUUAAACAUCUCUGAGGAAGAGGAGGGUGUUGACAAGGCUCAGAUGACGAAUGUCUUAUAACAGGGAAGAUAAAAGAGGGAGAGAGAAGCGAGAAAAUUGGCAGCAACUUAAUAAAUCAGCACUGAAAAUAAAAUGGAGCGUGAAAUGGAGGUGACUCAGCCAAGACCUCAUAAGGCCUUAUAUAAGGGAAGACCUGAAGAACCAGUCACAUUUGCUGUGAUGAUGAUACAAUAAAAAGAGACAUGCAUGGCCGGAGUACAUGCUAUAGGUGGUGGAAUGUACGGUUAAGUAUCGGGUUGCAGACAUUAGAGGAGUUCAAUGAAUUCAAGAAUGAGACGUAUGUGAAUGGCAAAUAGAAAAGCAUGUGAAAACCGACAUAGUGGUAUGGGUGAGAGUCACUUGGUUGCAUUGAGAUCAUGAGGAUAGUGUUUUGGUUGUUGUUACAGCUGUCAUUUUUUUGUUUGUUUUGUUGUUUUUUUAUUUCCAACAAAUCUGUUGAAAACAAAGUCGAUGACAGAACCAUAUAUAUUGCUCUUUUUUCUGUCUUCUAUUUUUGCUUCUUUACUUUUGUUUUGAGUGAUGCUAACUGUGAAGGUUUGUUGAAUUACUUUGACCACCCAGUUGAUACACAAGUUUUGCACAUUUGUUUCUUACAUUACUUUUUUUUUAAACUUCUGAUUUAUAAGAUGAUUCUUUCAAUAUGUAUGGAAUUAGAUUUCUGGCACCAAUUUCGAGGCACGUAUUCUGAUAACUAUGUGACAAAAACACUGCUAAGGAACCAACCAGAUGCAUUUUAUAAAUAUAUAAAAUGCUAUAUUAUAUAAAUAUAAAUGUAAAUAAUGAUAUAAAAAACAAUUGGACAAUGAAACGAGAUUAAGAUCAAACAGAACGUCUUCUUGUUCUGCAGGAGAGAACAUCAAACGAUGAUGUUUGUGUUGCAAGUGGCAAAAACCUAAUUCCAGAAUGUUGAUACUUUUACAGUAAUGUGAUGAACAUGCCAAAUAGUGUCAAUGGAAUUGUGUGUCUGUUGUGAAUACAGGUAAAUGUAAGGUAAUGCUUGUAUGGGGAAACAUUCUUUUUAUGCCUUUUUUUUCCAAAAUAUUCAUCAUGUCUUGCGAUUCAU